UGUCCCCCUCCCCCCGCCCCCCUCCCCCUCGUAUAUAAAAGAAGAGAAGAAGCGGAUUUUUUUUCCUUUCUCACGGACGGACAAUACGGACGUAUCGCGCGCGGUGUCAUCCUCGGCGCACGGUCGUCGGGCCGUGUCACUUUGAACGUUAAAUCGCGGGUGCGGUUGUAACCACAUAUAACGUAUACUCCCGGACACGAAGCCCGGACACACCACUACGCUCCCAGCGUUGCACGCCACGAAGAGAGCAAGGAUUCCGACUCGCGAUAUAAGACGAUGGCGAACCUCAUUAAUUCAACAGCCCAAUUUAUCAACGAUGCAUAUGACUACUACCUCUGGACAUUGUCUCUCGCAGACGAGAGGACGAGAGGAUGGUUACUGGUUGACUCGCCGAAACCAACGUUUAUAUAUACGAUGCUGUAUCUCCUCAUCGUCUGGGCCGGUCCUAAAGUCAUGAAAAAACGAAAAGCUUUCAAAUUAACGUGGGCACUGGUACCCUACAACCUUGCCAUGGCCUGUCUCAAUGCUUAUAUUGCCAUUCAGUUGUUCGUAGCAUCCACAAGGUUACGAUAUAGUUACGUGUGCCAGCCAAUAAGGCACAUUACGCGUCCCGAUGAACUUCAGAUCGCUCACGCAGUUUGGUGGUACUACUUUAGCAAGCUUCUGGAAUUUUGCGAUACAUUUUUCUUCAUUUUGCGGAAGAAAGACAAUCAGUUGAGCUUCCUCCACGUCUAUCAUCACUCUACCAUGUUCUCGUUAUGGUGGAUCGGUAUUAAAUGGGUACCGAGUGGAUCCACUUUUCUGCCAGCGAUGGUGAACAGCUUCAUCCACGUGCUGAUGUACUCGUACUACGGACUCGCCGCGCUAGGUCCUUCGGUGACCAAGUAUCUCUGGUGGAAGAAGUACUUGACGAUCCUCCAGCUCAUCCAAUUCACGACCGCCUUGAUUCUGGGGGUCAACGGCAUUCGAUCGGGUUGCGAUUUCCCACUCUGGAUGCAGUACGCCCUCGUGAUCUAUAUGCUUUCCUUCAUCGUCUUGUUCGGAAACUUCUACGCCAAAGCCUACAUCGCGAAGGGUAAACAGGUGUACGCGGAGAAGCGGCUCGAGAGGCUAAAAGCCAUGGAGAAGGCGUCGAUGAGCGCGCAACUCGACGGUGCCGCGAUCAGCAACGGGAUGAUCGCGAACGGACACGCGAACGGACACGCGAACGGCUACGCGAACGAGACGUUCAAGAAGAAGACUCAAUGAGGCGACUCUCCCCCGGAGGUCUCUACGAAGGGGGAGCCUCCCCCGUUCGAACCACGGCGCUCGCGACGCGCGACGAAGGAAGAACAGUCAUUGCAGACAGCGAUCGCGUAGAAGCGAUGCGUCGUGGUCGAUGUGUGGAAGUAGCAUAAUUACACACACACACACACACACACACACACACACACAC